ACUGUAAGCCUAGCAGCAGUCGUAUGUGAUUGGCCAGAACUGGCAUUUAAAGAGCAGCCUUCUGCUACAGUUCACUAUUGGAUUGGAUCUUUGAAUUUGUCAAUCUUUAGGUGCAUUUUAGUUGAGGUGCAGUUGAUAUGGACUUGGAAGUUCCACAUAUUCUGGACUGUGCAGGUCGUAUUUAUCUCACAGAUUUUUAAUUUUUUUUAUAUAUAAAAGGAUUCCAAAGUGUAAAAAAAUAUAUAUUUAAAAUAACACGACAUCGUCAUGGAUUCUCUUCUACUUCUUCACGAGGCUGCUGAAUAUUUGGAAAGAAGAGACAGAGAAGCAGAACAUGGUUAUGCGUCCGUUUUACCUUACAAUAGAGACUUUUCCAGAAAGAAAACGAAAGCUUCAACAAUUUCAAGAAAAACGCAGAAUAAUAGGUCCUCACAUAAUGAGCUUGAAAAACACAGACGUGCCAAACUGCGGCUCUAUCUCGAGCAGCUGAAACAGCUGGUGCCCCUGGGACCGGACAGCACCAGACACACCACUCUGAGUCUACUGAAACGAGCUAGGAUGCACAUCAAGAAAUUGGAAGAGCAGGACCGAAAGGCUUUAAACAUGAAGGAGCAGCUUCAGCGAGAACACCGCUACCUCAAGCGCAGACUGGAGCAGCUCUCUGUGCAGGGCCUGGAGAGAAUCCGCAUGGACAGCAUGGGAUCAACCAUCUCUACCGACUCUGAGCAGGAUGUGGAUAUUGAGGGGAUGGAGUUCACGCCAGGGGAGAUGGACAGCUUAGGCAGCAUCAGUGACGGCGAUGACCACUACAGUGUCGAGAGCAGCUCGAGCAACGGCAGCUUCUCACAUUCCUGCAGGCUUCAGGCCAGGCCCUCGUAAUGCCGCUGGACCGAACUCCCCAGCACAGGACCUCCAAACUGAAGGCACUUACACAGCAACACCACAAACAGCAACGACAAAAUAAUCACAGUAAUAUUCCAGAGGUGCCAUUGCCACUCUUCCAGGAAACCAACCCCAACCGCAGAUGCUCUAAAAAGUUAGAUUUCAUUCCUACAGUCCUGUCUGCUUUGUGACCACAGAAUCAGAUAGAAGAGCAAUUUAUGGUUUUAGUGGCGAGGAUUGUGGUCUGGUGUACAGUUUUGACUUGGUAGUAUAUCAUUUGAAAGAAGAAAACUGCUAUGCACCAGACGGUGCAAAAUCAGAAAGACAAAGAUAAUGCAGGUACACAAAAAUAUGAAUAAUCGAUAUUGAUAUAAUAGACUUUUUUUAAAUCAAUUAUUCAAAUUUGUGUGU